AUGGCUCAGAAUGGUUCGAACAGUACUGUGAAGCUGCUUGGAACAUGGUCAAGCCCAUUCGCCUUGAGGGGUCGAGUCGCUUUACACCUCAAGUCCGCUGAGUACGAGUACAUAGAAGAAGCCGAUGUUCUGAACUCGAAGAGCGAUCUUCUUCUCAAAUCCAACCCAAUCCACAAGAAAGUCCCUGUCCUUAUCCAUGGUGACGUCUCAAUCUGCGAGUCUCUCAACAUUGUUGAGUACGUCGAUGAAUCAUGGCCCUCCAAGCCUUCCAUCCUCCCUUCUGAUUUUAAAGAUCGCGCCGCUGCUCGUUUUUGGGCUCACUUCGUUGACGGAAAUGCAUUUGAUCUCAGGUGA